CUGUUUAAUAAAUUUGUAUGUUUCUGUAGUUUUUAACUAAGCAAACUAAAACCAAAAGAUACUUUAGAAAGCUACCUGUCGAGUUUAUAUGAUGGAUGGUGAUAAAUUAAUCAACGAGGCUCGAGAACUUGAAAAAAAAUUUCUUCAAUUCAAACAAUUUUGGAAUGAUUUAAUUCAACAAUCAAAUUUACUAGACAAAGAAGAGUUAUCUUUGUGUGAUCAACUAUCUAAAUUGAAUUUAAAAAUAAAUGAAUUACAAAUAAAGAAAAUUGAACUUGACGAAGUAAGAUGUAAAUUGGAAAAAGAUGUGGAAGAUUUAACUGGAAAGAAUAAACAAUAUGAAUUUUUAAAAACUCAUCUUGAAGCUCUGAAUCAACGCAAAUAUCUAUUGGAAAAAUAUUCUUUAACAAAAGGAUUAGAAUUAGAAGAAAAUACGUUAAAAGAUAAAAUUGAUGACGUAUGGAAGUAUUUUAACAAUAAAAAUUCUAAAUUGGAUGAUGAAAUUAAAGAUCUAGAACUUAAAUUAACUUAUCGCCAAGAAAUAGUGUCUAAAAUGUUUGAGAAAGAAUGUAACAAGUACAAGAAAUCAAUAGAAAAACUUAAGAAUGAAAAUAGUGUAUUAAAUAAAAAGUUAAACUUGAUAAGUAAGAUCACAGAAGACUCAAACGAAUAA